AUGCCUAAAUUGUUCGAUAGAGCAACAGGAAAUAUCUUUAUGCCCCAAUUUGAUUCGGAAAUAUUAGAGAAAUCAUAUCGCCAUGCAACAUUUAUGCAAGCUAAACGUCAUGUUCAAUACGCCUUGUGUUAUAUUCUAUUAGCUUGCGCUGUUUGGAUUGCUUAUUUUGCAAUUGGACAAGAUACCGAUUGGAUUGGCUUUUUAAUUACAGCCUCAUCGUGUUUUGCUGUAUCACUAGGUUUGUUAAUGAUGACCUGCUACAUCAAUCGACCAAAGCACCUUAAAUGGAUUUCUUGGAUAUUAGUUGUCAUCUUAUGUGGUUGUUCAAUUGCUGCUAAUGCUGCUGGUGGUUCUGACGAUGCAAUACGUAGUAUGUCACCAAUAGCUCGAUUUACUGUCACCGCAGAAGUAUUACUCAUUAUUUACACUGCUUUACCGAUAACCCCACUCAUUUGCUUAGUAAUUGGCGUUAUCUUCUCUAUUGUACAAUUAGUCGUCAAUGUCUUGUUACCACCGGGAAAUUAUAAUGCCUCUAUCAUUAUCAGUUGGGUUUUCCUACAUUUAUGCGUGCAUAUUUUAGGCUUUCAUAUAUCUAUAGUGACAGAAGUUAGGGCUCAUAGUACAUUUUGGCGCGUAUGCCAAUCCAUUAUUGCUAAGCAAAGAUUGGAAAAUGAGCGAAAGUUAAAGGAAAAUAUGAUCUUAUCUGUAAUGCCAAAAUUAUUUGCUGAUAAAUUUAUUAAAACCGAAGAUGAAAACAGUCAGAUAUUAUUUAAGAAAAGUAGCGCAUUUCGUGAGUUACAUAUGAUGAGAAUGGACAAUGUUAGUAUCCUUUAUGCAGAUAUCGUAGGUUUUACUCGUAUGUCAUCGAAUAAGAGAGCCGAUGAAUUAGUAUCACUGUUAAAUAAUCUAUUUUCCAGAUUUGAUGCAUUAACCCAAAAACAUAAUUGUGAAAAAAUUGCUAUUUUAGGCGAUUGUUAUUAUUGUGUUUCGGGUUGCCCAGAAACUGUUUCAAGUCAUGCUGAUGAUACAGUAGAUAUGGGCUUAGAUAUGAUUGUUGCUAUCCAAAAAUUUGAUGAAGAUACUGGUAACGAUGUCAACAUGAGAGUAGGUGUCCACACUGGAACUGUUUUAUGUGGUGUUUUAGGUGUUAAACGUGUUAAAUUUGAUGUAUGGUCCAAUGAUGUAUCAUUGGCCAAUACAAUGGAAGCUGGAGGUGAGCCUGGCUUCGUUCACGCUACUCAAGAAACUUACGAUAAUUUAAGCCCUGGUAAAUAUCGUAUUAGAGUGGAUGAAAAUCCAGGACGACGUCGUGAAGGCCUGGCUGGCAUGACCACUUACUUAAUUAGUGGCAAAAUUGAUAAUCAAAAUGACCCAUUAUCAUCAUUAGAUAAAAAUAGUAGGAAUAUCAAUAGCGAUAACGGUAUCAAUAUUACUACAAAUAAAAACAACCAAGAGCUUAAACCAUCGGAUAGAUUACCUAACGCGUUACUUCAUCCUGUACGUCCAUCAGCACAAAAAACUUCUAGAGCCCCUUCAUCAGGCGUUAGAACAUCAUUCUCUAACGGUGGUAAAGCAAAUUCGCCCAGUGGUAUUGAUAGUAGUCGGCCAAGCAUAGAUAUUAGUACACACCGUUCUGGGAGCACAAUCGAAGAACGAGAUACUAGUGAUGUACGAUUCAAUUUACCGCGUGAAUCGACGACUUACGAUGCCUUAAAUGUACCUGGAGUCGGUGCUGGCACAAGAAGAACGUCAAGAUCGGCUUACCGUCGUUCAUCACAUAGUUCCAUAUUUAGCCGAUUAAUCCGAGAUAGAUCCCACCGGACAGAAGAUGACAAACAAUUGGCUGAUCUAUUAAGAGAAGAGAGAGCCGACGAAACAUAUUUUGUCAAGACAAAACUGAACCGUUUAACUUUAUUCUUUAAUACUCCUACUAUUGAAACGGAGUAUAGGCGAGACGGUCUUGCUGAUUUAAGUCAACCAUUUUCUAAAAUGUCAUACGGAUCGUUAAGAUAUUCAUUCUUCUUAGAUACAUUAAUAUCAAUAUCUACAUUUGCUAUGCUAUCUGGAUUCUUGUUUUUAGUAACCGAUGUCGAUAAACUUGAAGCCUGGACUAUAAUCUUCAUUGUCGCAGCUGUAUUAGAAAUUAUAAUCUUUAUUACAGCUGUUCUAUUAGCCUUUACUAACGUAUUACCUCAUAAAUUUCAACUAAUGUGUGUAUCAUGGUAUCCACGCCAUAUUAUCAGUUUAUUAUUGGUGAUCUUACCAGUCUUGAUCGUUUUUACUGAUUUUACCGAUUGUUCUCGUAUUGGAGAUGUAAAUGCGUUUCAAGCUUACUGCACUGCUGCAACAAUUAUUAUUGUUCAUCAUUGCAACUUUAUGAGAUUAUGGUCUAUUGCAAAGUCGGCUAUUGCUUGUUUGGUAACUGUAGCUCUAUUGCUUACGGUAAAAUUAGAUUAUUGUGUACCGAAUCCAAAUUUGAUAUCAACAGCAUCACCAUUGACGACAACAUUGCUAUCGACUGUCUCAGCUGGAACGAUAUCACCAACACAGUUUGACAAGUGGAAAAAUGAGCGAAUCCUAGAUGUGAUAUUAUUGGUUAUUUUAGUAGUUUUCCUUAAUUGGCUCUUUGAAGUGGCAGUUAGAGUCAACUUUAAUAGCAGUUUGGAAGCGAUGAAGCACCGGAAAAAGAAUGCAGUUUUAAAAGAUCAAGCGACCGAUUUAUUGGCUAAUAUAUUUCCAGAUCAUGUUAUUCAACGUCUAAACACAUCGCAAUCGUAUUCACAAAACAUAGAAAGUGCUGGAGUUAUUUUUGCUUCUCUAGUCAAUUUUUACGAAUUCUAUUCUGAAAAUUUUGCCGGUGGGCAAGAAUGUAUCCGUGUUCUCCACGAACUAGUUUCUGAGUUUGAUGAACUAUUGGAUAAAGAGGAAUUUAAGAAAGUAGAAAAAAUUAAGACGAUUGGUAGUACUUUCAUGGCGGCUGCUGGACUCAAUUCCGAUCAAGUCGAUGAAGAACCAGACCAGCACUUAUUUGACUUAAUGGAAUUUGUAAUUGCAAUGCAAGAAGCUGUAACGAAAUUUAAUCAAGAUAUGCUACAAUUUGAUUUUAUACUUCGUGUGGGCUAUAAUUGUGGCCCUCUAACUGCUGGUGUCAUUGGAACUUCAAAAAUGAUGUAUGACAUUUGGGGCGAUACAGUAAAUAUUGCUAGCAGAAUGGAUUCCACAGGUACCCCUGGACGAGUACAGGUCAGCGAAAGAGCCAACCGUGUGCUGCAACCAAAAUUCGACUUUGAAUAUCGUGGUCAAAUUCAAGUCAAGGGGAAAGGAAAUAUGAGAACAUAUCUUUUGAAAGGCCGUCGUACGGACUUCGAUAUGAUAAAUUAA